AUGGGGAUGCUACACACGUUGGACUUGGAAAAUUUCAAGUCCUAUAAGGGUAAACAGGUCAUUGGUCCUUUCAAAAGGUUCACUGCCAUAAUCGGACCAAAUGGUUCAGGCAAGUCCAAUCUUAUGGAUGCCAUUAGUUUUGUCCUUGGGGAGAAGGCUACAAGUCUACGUGACCUUAUUCAUGGAGCACCAGUAGGAAAACCUGUGUCAAAUCGUUGUUCUGUUACUCUCAAUUAUAAAGAAGAUGAUGGUCGCAUGCGAUCUUUCACUCGUUCUGUCACUAAUGCUGGAUCCGAAUUUCGUGUAGAUGGAAAGGUAGUCACUGUGCAACAGUAUAACCAUGAAAUGGAAUCCAUUCAAAUCUUUAUCAAAGCGAAAAAUUUUUUGGUAUAUCAGGGUCAAAUCAUGUCGAUCGCUAUGAAGAAUCCUAAAGAACGCACUGCUCUCUUUGAAGAAAUUUCUAGAUCUUGUGAACUGCAAGCUGAAUACGAUCGAUUGAAAGUUGAGCUUCAAAAGGCCGAAGAUGACGCUCAGCAAAAUAUGAAUAAACGCAGAGGCAUUGCGCAAGAAAAGCGAGAGGCAAAACUUGAGAGGGACGAGGCUGAGAAGUAUCAACAUCUAAAGGAUGAUCUGGUGAGCUCGGUUGUCUUGAACUUUCGCUUUUUUUCAACUUGA